AAUACUGAGACGACUUUUUGAAACCCUAUGAUGGAGAUUUAAAUUAAAACAAUCACCAGCUCCGAAAUAUUAAAAAAAAUAACUUACGUAUUUUAUAAAAGGAAACAUAUUUAAACAGCAAAAUGGUGACCACGAAAACGUUAUUCAAGGCGGCCACAUACAUUGCCAUCGGUGGAAUAUCAGCAGCUAUGAUUAUGAAAUCCAAACUGGAGGACAGAGUCCGAGAUCAACCGUACUAUCGUGACUCGAUGAAAUUGCUACGCGCCCAUGCCGGAGCAAUCCAAAUACUGGGUGAGCCAAUCAAGGAUAUGGGAUUCGAUUUUGGCGAGGAAUCGAAGAAGUUUGGCGAUGGAAAGAUUGACGGUUUCACGGUACCGGUUAAAGGAAGCAAACAAAAGGGGAAGUACUAUUUCUGGGCUGAACAUCACCAGGACAAGUGGACUAUUACUAAAGCUGAACUCGAGCUGGAUAACGAGCCGGAUCGGCGUUUGAUGAUUCGGAAAGCUGAAUAAAUUAUGUUAAUACUAAAGAUUGUAAAUAUUAGAUGCUGUGUAUCAUACUCUUAUUUGUGUCUUUC